AUGUUUGGGUCUUUUGUUUGUUUGUUUGUUUUAAAAAAAUUACAGCGUAUCCAAACUGGUAUCUUAAAAGCAUUUAAUAAUCCAACUACUAAGACGGCAGAUGAAGAAACUAGAAGAAAAGUCAAAGCGUAUGGAAGAGAGGGUGUGAAGAUGAACUUCAUAGAUAGGAUCUUUGUUGGUGAAUUGACUAGCACUGUCAUGUGUGAGGAAUGUGAAAAUAUUUCAACAGUAAAAGAACCUUUCAUUGAUCUUUCACUUCCUAUAAUAGAGGAGAGGGUUGCAAAACCUGUGCCUUUGGGAAGAACAGGUAAAGGUAAAAGUGUACAAGAGACAGAUCUUGGUCAGUAUAACUGUUCUUCUAUCACUACACUGAAUAAUCAACCCAAAAUUGUCAAGAAACACGCUUUAACAAAAGAUAAGAAUCAAUUGAACCAGGAGAGACGGCUUGCCAGAAAAGCUUCUUCGAAUGAAGAAGAAAGAAGUCCUGUUAUCAUGCAGGAAAAAACCAAAAAGCUUGAGCUGGAAGGUAGCUCUGGCAUCUUGUACUCCAAAGACACAACUGCUGACUCAGCUGUCAAUGGAAGUCAGACGGACGGCAGUGAGAAGGAAGCAAGCCGCUCUGAAAGCAGCUUUGAUGCAGACAGUGAAGCCUCAGAAAGUGAAAGUGCUUCUAAGCAAACGGCUUUCAGCCCGUCCAGCAACACCUCUGGUUUGCACGUCAACCACAUAAAUGUUAAAAUGCCGCACAACAAACCGAGUGACAGUAAUGAAGAGAUGAUUUCCAGUGCCGUAUCCAAACUAAGCCUCUGUGGUACUAUAAAUGAAGAUAAAAAAUCGAGCCGUGGAGAUCCAGCAUUAUCGAAUAAUUCCAUGUUCUCGGUAGACAAAUCCCUGCUCUCCCAAAACCCUCAAAAUGCUUUCCAGACGCUUUCCCAAAGCUACAUAACUAGCUCAAAGGAAUGUUCUGUUCAGUCCUGCCUUUACCAGUUCACUUCUGUAGAGCUCCUCAUGGGGAACAACAAGCUUUUAUGUGAGAGCUGCACAGAAAGGAAGCAGAAGUAUCAGAAGAAAACCAACUCCACAGAAAAGAAAAUGGAAGGUGUCUACACAAAUGCUCGGAAACAGCUGCUGAUUUCUUCAGUUCCUGCUAUUCUUAUUCUCCAUCUGAAAAGAUUCCACCAGGCUGGUUUAAGUCUGCGGAAAGUAAAUAGGCAUGUGGAUUUCCCACUGAUUUUAGACUUGGCACCAUUUUGUGCUGCAUCUUGCAAGAAUGUUACGGAUGGUGCUGUAAGAGUGCUAUAUAGUCUUUACGGAAUAGUGGAGCACAGCGGGUCAAUGAGAGGCGGUCAUUAUGCGGCGUAUGUGAAAGUCAGGACACCCUCCAAGAAAUUACUAGAGCAUAUUUCUACCACUAAAAAUGUUCUGGGUUUAAAAGAAGCCAUGGGAGCAUCAGGAGGACAGUGGGUAUACGUUAGUGAUGCCCAUGUUCAGAUGGUUCCAGAAUCAAGAGUACUAAAUGCACAAGCAUAUCUACUUUUUUAUGAAAGAUUAUUACUAUAAUUCUCAACAGUUUAAUUUAAAAGAUGGUAGUGGUUAUUUAGUUUGUCUUAUUUAAAGCUGCAGUGGUAAGAGUACCUGUAAAUAUUGUGCCUUUAUCUUGUAGAGAAUUUGUCAUAUGUUGACUCCAAAGUUCAGUCACGCUAUUAUAAAUAUCUGAAUGGUUCUCUUGAAGUACGCACUUUGCCAAACAUUGAAAAUUCCUGGAUUCAUUAAAAUACAGUACCGUUAGAAUGUAAGAUGAUGUCCUAUCCUACUGAGGUCUAUGGAAAGUUUGGUUUUUAUUUUAAUAAAGAUAAGCUUUCACCCAUAGUUCUAGAACAGUUCAGAAUAAAAAUACUGAUAGCGUUAAGUGCCUGGAUUUGCUGGUGUACAGUAACAAUACAAAGUAUUUCAACUUUUUGUGAUCUAGUCCAGAUCCUUCCCAUCACUGGGCUGGAUGUCAGCUGUUAAGAUUUCUGCAAACAAGAACCUGUCAAAUCAUGUUGCUUCCACAUGUAGUAAUGGGAAAGCACAGUGCUUCCAGAACGGAGUAACAGGAGCUGUCUCUGGGUAACGCCGCAGUGCACCUUCUAGAUAGAGCCAGGGAUAGACUGGGAAAACGCAGCUUCUGCAAAGUGACAGCCGGUCCUCAGAUACGCAGUGCCCUUUCAGCUGUCUCCAGCUGGCACUGGUAUAGCAAUGUGCUCCUGUUUUCAUAUAAAUAUAUACUUGGUGUGUAUAUGUAUAGCCUCUGAGAUAUGCACACCAUAUAUCCAUCAAUAUAUAUUGUCAUCUUACCUCCUAGGAAAGAGAAUUGCAAAUACUUCUGUAUUUAGUAAAUUUUCAACUUCAUAAUUACGACAAUGUACAGCAUAUAAGCUUGUGUAUGAGUAUGUAUGGGGUUUAAGUGUAACUGGGUAACUGUUACUUUUGGUUCUAAAUAUGAAUUUGUUUAUCUGUUCCUGAAUACUUUUCUCACAGGAGUAAUAAACUAUACAUUAUU